UUGCGCUUAGAAAAGAACUAAAAAUUAUUAAAAAGGCUCAUUUAUUAAGAAUAUUUAAAAGGAUUAUUUGUUUUUUAACAAGAUGUCAAAUCACGUAUUUGAUAUUUUUAAUUCUUCGUCGCGAAAUUCAACUAAAGUUACUUCAAAAAUAAAUGGAGGAAAAAGUCAUGUUUCAAACAAUUUUCAACCAGUAAAACCAUUAGAAGCAUCACAAUUACGAAUCAAAUCGAGCAGUGGUUUAAAUAUUCGUCAACCGUUAGCAGAUUGUCGACCAAAUAAUAAAUUAAACGUACAAACAACUGUGAAACCAUCACCAUUAAAACCAAAAGAAAUACCAAAAGAAAAAAUUGAUCAUUAUAAUUAUAUAAAAUGUGAGGAUACUUAUGAAGAUAUUCUACCUAAACAUAAACGUGUUAAUGUCGACGACAUAAAAACUAUUUUAAGUUGUUUUGCUACACCGACUCCAUGUGCAACAGCUAAUAAACAAGUUAAUUUUCCUUCCAUGAUUAAUGUUGACGAUAAUUUUAAUAAAAGAAAUGAUUAUAACGUAUUUGAAGAUCUGGAGCUAUCACCACCUAAGAAUCCAUUUUUCGAUGAAGAUUGGAAUAUGUUUUAAUGUUUAUCGUUACUGCAUUUAAGUUG